AUUGUUCACUUUAUUGAAGAAGAGCGAAGAUAUUAAUAAAAUGGCUGAUAUCAAACUAACCUACUUCAACGCUCAGGGAAUGGCAGAGAUUUCUAGGCUAAUAUUAGCUUGCGCCAAUCAAAAGUUCACAGAUGAGAGAAUGGAGCGCGAGGAUUGGCCAGCUGUAAAACCUACAGUUCCAUACGGACAGAUUCCUAUUCUUCUCUACAAUGGGGUCGUAAUAUCACAGAGUAUUACGAUUGCAAGGUUCCUAGCUAAUGAGUUUGGUUUGGCUGGGAAAAACAAUCUUGAGAAAGCUGAAGCUGAUGAGAUUGUUGAUGCUCUUAUGGAUAUUCAGAAUGCUAGAUACGGAGUCUUUUUUAACAAGGACCCUGAGCAGAAGGAUCAACUUCUUGAGGAAUUCAAAGUAAAGGCUAAUACAAUUCUUACCCAUCUGGAAUCUCGUCUAAAGUCACGUGGUGGACAAUAUUUUGCUGGAAAUCAGCUGACUUGGGCAGAUCUACAGCUGUUCAAUAUUCUAGAUGCCCUGAAGGUUCUUAUACCAGCACCAGUAGAAGAUCUGCCCCUGCUUAAAGACCUGGAGGAUAGGGUUGCAGAUAUUCCUAAUGUAAAGAAAUGGAUAGAAACUAGACCCAAGCAACAAUAGGACACACCAGUCUAAAGUUGUAUGAUCUGUGCCGGUACAACACGUACUGUAUAUAUAUACGGUCGUACUGUCCAGUCAGGGAAUUGUUUUGAUAUUUUAUUUAUCAGAAACACCGAAUAAA